GAAUUACUGACUAACUCCUGUUUAUAUUUAAUAUAUUACGAUGUGUUGGCAAGGAAAUUGGAAAACAAUAGCAUUUACAAUUGAGUACCUAUACAAUUCUAAAUAAACGUGGAAUUCAGAUAAGCACGCGAUAGAAUCUGAACACCAUAUCCUCCCAGUUACAUGCGUCUCAUUCACAUUCACUCAGUCAUUAAUGAUCUAUUGCCAUGCGCGGACGCCGGCCGCCGCGAAUCAAGUUUACUCGCGAUCAAUAACCCCGCGCCGCCGCCGCGUACCAAAAUUACUAUGUUUAACCCAACGGUAGCCCUGCUUCUCUUAUCUCUAGCUCAAUAUGUGCUCUCAUACAACAUCCUCGCAAUAAUAUCACUACCACUGAAAAGCCACUACAUGGCGAUGCAACCGCUAUUUAAAGAGCUAGCGGCGAAAGGGCACUCGGUCACCGUAGUCAACAACUUCCCAGAUGAAAAUCCCGUAAACAAUUUACACUUUAUCGAUCUGAAAACCGUAUCGUCAGCAAACAGGUUCCCGACUUUAGAAUACUACGAGGAUUUCGACUCAAAUUAUCUGCACAUGUUCAACUUUUACCGACACGUUACUGUGGAGUCUCAGUUUAAUGACUGCGAGACGUUGUUCAAGAACGAGGAAGUGAGAACCGGUUUGGCGGGAGGCAGUUUCGACGUGAUAUUCGUUGAAGGGUUCAUGAGCGACUGCGCGCUGGCGAUCGCGGGCGCUAAGUCCGACGCUCCUAUCAUCAGCAUCGCCUCCCAUGUUAUGCUGCCGUGGAUGUACCCGCGACUCGGCCUAUCCUUCGACCCAUCAUCUGACGCCUUUUACUUCUCCAACGCUGGCCCGAAUCCGUCACUGAUCAAUAAAGUGGAAUCGUUCUUGAUGCAUGCAGUCUUCAACACGGUGGGUAGGUGGUAUAUACAGCGAGGUAUUCGUGCGUCGUUUGCGAACCACCUGCCGGGUUAUGAGCUAGACGUGGAAGAGAUAGCUCGGAGAAGGAUGAAGAUGCUGUUCUCAUAUCAGCAUUUCUCGGUGACGGGCGCGCGGCCGCUGGCUCCUCAAGUGUUGGAGAUUGGCGGACUGCAUGUGGGGAAGCCUAAAGCUUUGCCUAAGGACGUGGAUACGUUUUUAUCGGAAGCUACGCAUGGUGCCAUUUAUGUCAGUUUUGGAUCUAAUCUUAAGUCGAGCUCGAUGUCACCUCGCAAGUUGGAACAGUUUCUUGAAGCGUUCAAACGGAUCCAACCCAUAAAAGUUCUGUUUAAAUGGGAGAAUGGAAGUAUUCCAGAUGAAAAUGUUUUAGCGAAGAGCUGGUUUCCUCAACUAGAUGUUUUAUGUCACCCAAAGCUCAUAGGCUUUGUAUCCCACGGAGGCAUGUUGAGUACGUCAGAGGCGGCCAACUGCGGGGUCCCGAUGGUGGCGGUGCCGUUCUUCGGAGACCAGUUCGGGAAUGCCGCGUCCAUUAAAGCCGCAGGGUUGGGCACCACUGUCUUCUUCGACCGUUUGACUGGAGACUCACUUGCUGCGGCUAUCAAAGACAUUACCAGUGCUGAAACCCAAGAAAAAGCUAAGAAGAUAGCAAGACUAUGGAACGACCGACCUAUGUCUGCUCUAGAUAGCGCAAUCUACUGGACAGAGUAUGUAGCUCGACAUAAACAAGCGCCGCCAUCUCUACCAAGCAAGGCGUCGUGGUGCCAAACAAUACCAAUAGGUGUCUAUAGCGUCUUGUUGCUAAUAAGUUUUCUGAUUUUAGUGAUAUUUGUUAUAAUUUGUAAACUUUUGAAAGCUAUAGUAGGGCUGUUAUUUUUUAAAAGGAAAAUAAAAGAGGAAUAGGUUUAUACCGUUUUA